CCGCCCCUGGGCCGGAAGGAGAGGGAGGGAGAGAGGGAGGCACGCUGGUCACGUGGCUCCGCGAGGGACCCAGCGGGAGACGGGCGGGGCCGCGGGCCGGGUCACGAGGGGCCGGAAGUUGCGGCCCGUGCGGAUGCUCCGAGAUGGGGACCUCCCUGGACAUCAAGAUCAAGAGGGCGAAUAAAGUGUAUCACGCCGGGGAAAUGCUCUCUGGUGUGGUGGUCAUCACUAGCAAGGACUCCGUCCAGCACCAGGGUGUGUCCUUGACAAUGGAAGGGACUGUAAACCUGCAGCUCAGUGCCAAAAGUGUGGGCGUGUUCGAAGCCUUUUACAAUUCCGUGAAGCCCAUCCAGAUCCUCAGCAGUACUAUAGACGUGCUGAAGCCAGGAAAGCUGCCCAGCGGCAAGACCGAGAUUCCCUUUGAGUUUCCUCUGCAUGUGAAGGGCAGCAAAGUCCUGUACGAGACCUACCACGGCGUGUUUGUGAACAUCCAGUACACACUGCGCUGUGACAUGCGGCGGUCCCUGUUGGCCAAGGACCUGAGCAAGACCUGUGAAUUCAUCGUUCACUCUGCUCCUCAGAAGGGGAAGCUGACCCCAAGUCCUGUUGACUUCACGAUCACCCCGGAAACCUUGCAGAACGUCAAAGAGAGGGCCUCACUCCCCAAGUUCCUCAUCAGAGGCCAUCUGAACUCCACCAACUGUGCCAUCACACAGCCCCUGACAGGAGAGCUGCUGGUGGAGCACUCAGACGCCGCCAUCCGGAGCAUAGAGCUUCAGCUGGUCCGGGUGGAGACCUGUGGGUGUGCAGAAGGCUAUGCCCGUGAUGCCACAGAGAUCCAGAAUAUCCAAAUCGCUGAUGGGGACAUUUGUAGAGGUCUUUCUGUCCCUCUGUACAUGGUCUUCCCCCGACUGUUCACCUGCCCAACCCUGGAGACCACUAACUUCAAAGUGGAGUUUGAGGUCAACGUGGUGGUCCUUCUUCAUGCUGACCACCUCAUCACAGAGAACUUCCCGCUGAAGCUCUGCCGGACAUAGUCCAGCUGCAGGAAGGGGACAGCCAGGGUGGCCACGUGGACAUCUAUGCGGUCAUCUGCCCACACGUGGACAUCUAUGUGAUCAUCUGUUCACACGUAGACAUCUGUCUGAUCAUCUGUUCACACGUGGACAUCUAUGCGGUCAUCUGCCCACACGUGGACAUCUAUGUGAUCAUCUGUUCACACGUGGACAUCUGUCUGGUCAUCUGUUCACACGUGGACAUCUAUGUGGUCAUCUGCCCACACGUGGACAUCUAUGUGAUCAUCUGUCCACACGUGGACAUCUAUCUGAUCAUCUGUUCACAUGUGGACAACUGUGCGGUCAUCUGCCCACACGUGGACAUCUAUGUGGUCAUCUGUUCACACGUGGACAUCUAUGUGAUCAUCUGUUCACACGUGGACAUCUAUGUGAUCAUCUGUUCACACGUGGACAUCUAUGUGAUCAUCUGCCCACACAUGGACAUCACACAGGCUGCUGAGGCCCCACCCCUGGGGGUCUAUAUUUUCAUGAUUUCUGCUCAUUGCUUGUUUCCUUUAGGUGCCUAGCCUCAGCCUUUCCUCUGGAAUGUAACAGGAUUUCCUCAUGUGCGUUGCAAGAUCACAGAAAACAUUUCCCACAGCCCCAGAUGUGCCUGUUUCUUUUUAGGUUCAGUAAAGCAGCUCUCUUUACUGAACCCCUCUCCAACUCCUACAACAAAGGGUGGGCAGUCAGCAGGCUCACAGAUUGAACCUGUGGAACCCUCCAAGGAGUGACCGUGACUUCACCUUGAUAAUGUCUCACUAGAACUUCAGAUGGCUUUAGGGAUCAAGAAAGCAACAACAGCUAGUCCUUGUUCUCCCAGGAGUGAGGGAACCUGUGAAUGCUGGAGUUCUUGUGCCCUGUUGAGCGGCACGCACACUUAAAUCUGCCAUAUUCCCAGAGAACACUUAAAGGCAAGGAGGGUGCCCAAGGGAAGAACACAUAUGGAUGGCUGCUUGUUGCUAGGUAACUUCUGAGUGACAGGAGACCACGCUGAGGAAGGACUUGGCCUGGCCCUGACCCGAGGGACCUGUGCUUUGACCCAGGGUUGUGACGUGAAGAGUCUGCCCUCGCGUCACACUGUACCGCAGACUGCGUGGAGAGUGUGUUGUAAUGCUUCCUUCCCUCCCAUGCUGCUGUUCUGUUGGUCAUGGUCAGGGAGCACUCUGCACUGGCUGGCCUGCCUUCACAGCUUCUGAGGGGCAGCUGCCUGCACUGCCAUUGUCCUGUGACGGCUGACACGGAACCGGGCCUCCCCGGGAGACUGAGGAGACAUAACAGAGCCACCAGACAGUGGGUUCCAAGACGCUGUAUUUUUGAUCUGUCUCUUUUUUAUGCUUACAUCAUAAUACUUAUCUAUCCUUGAUGUAUUUAAACAAUCAAGUAGCCGAAAAUAGAGGCCACACUUUCUGGUCAGUUUACAAGGAAAAGUCAUCUUUAAUGACAUAGUUUUUUUUUUUCAAUGAAUAAAGAAUGCUAAGUGAUUUUUAAAA